GGUCGAUGGACCUUCCUGUUCUAGUGGGCGACCUCAAGCUGGCCAUUAAUGAGCCGAGCCGUUUGCCUCUGUUUGACGCCAUUCGACCUCUGAUCCCCCUGAAGCAUCAAGUAGAAUACGAUCAGCUCAUUCCAAAGCGUUCCAGGAAGCUGAAGGAAGUGCGCCUGGACAGAAGUCAUCCCGACGGCCUGGGCCUGAGUGUUCGAGGGGGACUGGAGUUUCAUUGUGGCCUGUUCAUCUCGCAGAUCGUGAAAGACGGACAAGCGGACAACGUGGGGCUGCAGGUGGGCGAUGAGAUUGUCCGGAUUAACGGCUACUCAAUUUCUUCCUGCAUUCAUGAAGAAGUGGUCAACCUCAUCCGGACAAAGAAGACGGUGUCCCUGAAAGUGCGCCAUGUUGGCCUGAUUCCCGUCAAAAGCUCUUCAGAUGAACCUUUGAAGUGGCAGUUUGUGGAUCAGUUUGUCUCCGAAACUGGGGAGAAGAAGAGCAGCAUCGCCGGGCUGAUGUCAAUUGGAGGGAAAGAAAUCAAAGAGAAGAAAGUCUUCCUCAGUCUGGUGGGAACAAAGGGCAUGGGCUGCAGCAUUUCGAGUGGACCAACCCAGAAACCUGGCAUCUUUAUUAGCAACGUCAAGCCGGGGUCUCUGUCUGCUGAGGUGGGGCUGCAGGUUGGUGACCAGAUUGUUGAAGUGAAUGGAGUGGAUUUUUCCAGUUUGGAUCACCAAGAGGCCAUACGAGUUCUGAAGAGCAGCAGAAGCCUGACGAUCACGGUCCAUGCGGGCGCCGGCAAGGAGCUCUUCAUGACUGAGGACGAGCGGAUUGCCCUGGAGAGUCGCAGAGAGCUGGACCGCCAGGAGCUCAUGCAUAAGAAGAAGAUGGCCAUGGAGACCAACAAGAUCUUGAAGGAGCAGCAGGAGAAGGAGCGAAUGAGGAAGAUGGAGAUAAUGCAGAAGACAGCCGAUGAAGAAGAAAGAUACCAGAAGGAGCUGGACAGAAUUGAAGCUGAGAACUUGAAACAUCAGAGGCAGUGGGAGGAAGACUGGGGUCCAAGAGAACCACCCAAGAGCACACCGACCCCCAAAGAGAUCAGUCCAAGCCCUCAGCCAAAGCAGAAGAGCUCAGAAGCCUGGGCACCUGAGCUCGCCGCCGAUGAGGAAGCGCCCAACAUCAGUGAUGCUCCAGAGCCACAGGUUUACUCAAACCGUCCUUUCCAUCAAGACAAAUCUGCACCACUAAGUCAGCAUUACUGGCAAGUGCAGGAACUGCUGAGAACGGCCAGCCUCCGGAAUAGCCACAGUGGCACGCCACGCCAGGGAUGUUUUGCACAAACACACUACUUGGUCGCUUAUUCCAAGCGUCUAUGGUUAGCAGUGUUGGGCACAGUGGCCAGGUUAAAACGAAGCGAAGCAGCCAGUGAUGGUGGCAGCAGUGGUGUGCACCCGUCAUCUCCUGUUUCAAUUCCACCCUCUCUGGCUCUCUCCCUAGCGUUUGGCUGGUUCUAUCGGUACGAAGGCAGGUUUCCGACUCUCCGCAAGAAAGGAAAGGAGAAAAAGAAGCCGUCCAAAGUGGACACCCUGCAGGAGCAACGGAAGAACAAAAAGGAGCUGGAGUUUGAGCUGAAGUUGGCCAAAGAGAAGGAGGAGAUGUUUGAGCGAGAAAAGCAGCUGAAAAUCAGCAGGCUUGUGCAAGAGGUGUCGGAGACGGAGAGGGAGGACCAGGAGGAAUCCGAGAAGGUGCAGCACUGGGUGGAGCGGCUGUGCCAGACCCGACUCGAGCAGAUCUCCUCGGUCGACAACGAGACCCCCGAGGUGCCACCAGCGAGGUCGCCAUCGACAGCCUCGUCCAUGCGACGGUUCGCCGGUGGGCUGCAGCUUCACACCACCGAUAUGGAUGACAUCACUCUGGACCGGGUGGACCCGAGCCUCAAGCAGCCCAAGAAGAGGAUGGCACCUGCGCCACCUUCUCCAAGGCCUUCUCCACCAUCACCUGCGGCAAGACUGCCACCCCGUCCUCCAUCACCCAAGCCCAAACCUCCACCCUCACCAAGGCCACCGCCUCAAGCCCACCCGUCCCUUCCAAGGAUGCCACCCCCACCCCCUCCACCACCCCUUCCCGGGCAGCAGGGUGGCUUUCCUCGCCCGCAGAUGCCCAUCCCAGAAGAGCGAUAUGUGAGUCAAGCUGAAUCUGUGAAUGGGAGAGACUACAGGGGCAGGCCUGGCCCGGGCAAUGAGCUGGCAUACUCUCCCAGUCCCAAGUGUGAAAAAGGCAAACAACCAGAAUUAACACCGAAAAACAAUAAACAAAAAAGCAACACCAACUUGACAAAAGAAAGCAGAGGUCGAGGUGGAGCUCUCAUUGAACCCUCGUGUGGUGACCGGGGGCUCUUCGUUAUGCUGUGUCUUGCUUGCCCCCCCCCUUUGCCAGCCUUUCUGGGUGCCCCUUUCCUAACUGCCAUUGAAUUUGCUUUCUGUGUGCUGCAGGUGAGGAGGAACACGUCACACGCCAGCAAAAUCUCAACCACCAGCAACCCUCUGCAACUCGCUCCCAGUCCUCCGAGCCAGCGGCGCCCUGUUGUGCCCAUCGUGUCCAAGCCCAUCAUGCUGCCUCCGUCUCAUGCCACCCACAGGCCGACCAUAAAGGCGGAGGCCCUGCCCCCGGAGAUGCUCAAGAGAAUGGUGGUGUACAAUUCUUCGUUUCGGCAGGGGUUCAAGAAAUACGUUGAGGAUUUUGACCCCUACUCUAUGUUUGUACCCGAUCAGAUUGCUGGCAAAGACGUGCGUCUGCUGAGGAUCAAGAGGGAGGGCCCACUGGAUCUUGCAGUGGAGGGGGGCAUCAACUCCCCUCUUGGAAGAAUCGUCGUCUCGGCCAUCUAUGAGGACGGCUCGGCGGACAAGCAUGGAGGAAUCGUGAAAGGAGACGAGAUUUUGGCCGUCAACGGGAAGAUUCUCACCGAUGCCACCCUGGAGGAAGCCCAGACGACGCUGACGAGGGCCUGGAACAGUGGCGGGGACUGGAUUGACCUGGUCAUCGCCGUGUCACCGCCAAAGGAGUAUGAAGAUGAAGUGACUUUCUUUUAGAAGAGAAGGCCGACAGGACAGUGCCAAGGCUGCCACAAGGGGGCAGUAAAGAAGGUUGCCGUGUUACAAAAACUGCACAGAGCAAAAAGACGACAAAUCAAAGCGGAUUUCUCCCUCAAUCGUUUGAACCCCUUGGGCACAGAGAGGUGCCCACAGGGGGUGACAGCAGGAGUUGGCAUAUCAAAGACGAACUGACUGGAGUCAGAGGGCAGCCGCAUCGCCAAAUUGAGUGAAAUAAAUUUGUU